AUGCCAUACAACGGUAGAACAGUCGAUAGCGGCUCUCCCGACGACGCCGAAAUACAACCAGCGGCGGCAGCGAGGGGUGCUGUUUUGAGACAAGCCUCCGCUCUUGAUGCGACGGGCGGCCUUGGAGGGCGCAACGUGGGUGUGGGGAGGCUCGCAAGCGGAUGGGAUUUGCUGAGGCUGACGGGGCGUAUCACGGCGAUGCUGCGGCGGCAAGAGGGCGUACUUAGGCAGUGCACUACGAAUGAGACGCCGGGCUGGCCGGCAGACAAGACUCUCCUGGCAAGCAGAUAUCGAAAGCGCCAGCGUGGAGGGCCGUUGGGGCCUCAAAUACAGCAGCCAUCGCGGCUAGGGUCCGCUUUAAUGACGACAAAUCUGGACAUCGAAAGAGCUCACGAACACACGAAUCCCGAGCAUCGUAUCCACCGGCGAAUCACCGUCCGCCCCCGCCUGGCUUCAUCGCGACUCUCAAUAUGCCCGAUAUACGUCCUUGAAAUGCUCGCUUCCAAGGCCCCAAGGCCUGCUGCGUCGGCCGCACACCCGGCGGAUGGCUGGCAAUUCCCUCAUGAAUCAAGUAUCGUCGCCUGUCGUAUUCUAGUGCGCACCUAG